CUCUAUUUCUCUCUCUCUCUCCUUCUCUUCUUGCACUCUCCUCUCCUCCGGUUCGUCGCGUCAGUUCAUCUCGGGCGACGUUCACCACCGCCAUCACGCUGCUCGAUUCUACUCUCCGAGUGGGUACGGCGCGUUACUGAUCAGACGGGUGGACACACGGACCAUAACGCCGCCGCGGCGUUUGUCGUUCGUGGUGCUCUUCGUGUACGACCUGCGCGAAUCUCACACCGGCUGCACAUAGCGGGAUGGACCUUCGCCAGACCAGAGAAUCGCGACCACACAUCGGUUGAUAGGAGUUAGCGAAAGAGCACGCGAUCAGCAUCACCGAAAGUUGUGAGCACGACGGCUCCGUGACCACGUGAAGCGGCUGGGCCUCCUGCGACGGGGGGGGUCGAGGACCGCGCGCGCACCCCCUUAGAGCGUCUCUUAGACGAUGAUAGACCCAAGCUCGUCCGAAGAGGAGAGCGAGGAGGAUCAGAGCACCCACCAUGGCGGCGGCGGUGGUGGCGGCGGCGGCCGUGCAGGGAGCGGAAGCUCCCACGGCUCUCGUCGCCAUCCCGGCAGCGUCGGCAGCGGUCCGGGCUCUGGUAGCGUCGGCUCGCUCGCCUCGGGUCUCACCGCAUCGCCCGGUGGUCCAAAUCAUGUGGGUCCACCGAGCUCCGCGGGUGCUCAUGGAUCUGGGGGUCGCGUUGUUAGCGCGGCGGGCCAGCAAGACGGUGGUGGAGCCGGCCUGGACGUGCCCAAUCUCUCCAGCGCCAGGAACUCUCUGUCGCCGUCGACGAGCGCGGCACAGGACGCCGCCAAUUACGCCCAGAGGCCCACGAGUCCGUCACCGUCGGUAGCCAGCGAGAAAACGGAGGCAGAAUUGCAGGACAAGCAGGAGAGGGAAGAAGUGGAGAGGAAGACUCGGAUUCAGCUUUAUGUCUUCAUAUCGAGAUGCAUCGCUUAUCCGUUCAACGCCAAACAACCGAUGGACAUGGUUCGGAGGCAGAUGAAAGUAACGAAGCAACAAUUGGAGACGAUAUGCUCUCGUUUUCAGAGUUUUUUGAAGGGCGAGACGCAGAUCAUGGCGGACGAGGCGUUCCACAACGCUAUACAGAAUUACUACGACGUGUUCUUGAAGUCAGACAGAAUAGUGCAAAUGGUGCAGAGCGGAGGAUGCUCCCAGCUCGACUUCCGCGAGGUUUUCAAGAAGAACAUUGAGAAACGUGUUCGGAGUCUCCCGGAAAUCGAUGGACUGAGCAAAGAGACUGUGCUUACGUCCUGGUUGGCCAAGUUUGAUUGUAUUUUGAAAGGUACUGGUGACGAAGACACCAAGAGGCCUUCCAGGAUGCAACAGCAGUCUUUGAACUCGGAGCUGAUACUGUCGAAGGAGCAGCUGUACGACAUGUUUCAGCAGAUCCUCGGCAUCAAGAAAUUUGAGCACCAGCUUCUGUUCAACGCCCUCCUGUUGGAUUCAGCCGAUGAGCAGGCUGCCGCCAUCAGGAGGGAGCUGGACGGUCGCAUACAAAAGGUCAACGAGAUGGAGAAGAACCGCAAGCUCAUGCCCAGGUUCCUCGUAAAAGAAAUGGAGUCGCUCUACAUCGAGGAGCUCAAGUCGUCUAUCAACCUGCUAAUGUCAAAUUUGGAGUCUUUACCGGUCUCCAAGGGUUCGAUAGACAGCAAAUACGGGCUGCAGAAGCUGAAGCGCUACAACCAUCGUGGUGAGCGCUCCCGCUGCCGCGGUCAGGGUUCCCUCGCUAAACUGGAGGGCGACUCCGCUGAUUCCGAGCCCCAGCUGACGAAAAUGGACGUCGGCCUGACCUUCCAGGUGGAAGUAGUCGUAAUGGAGGUUAAAGGCCUCAAAAGCCUAGCAUCCAAUAGAAUAGUUUAUUGCACCAUGGAGGUGGAGGGCGGAAAGAAGCUACAGACUGGUCAGGCAGAGGCCUCCAAGCCCAUGUGGGACACACAGGGUGACUUCACGACGAUGCACCCGCUACCGGUGGUCAAGGUUAGAUUGUUCACCGAGAACUCGGCGAUGCUCGCGCUCGAGGACAAGGAGCUUGGCAAGGUGAUACUGCGGCCGAAUCCGUUGUCUAGCAAAGUGCCCGAGUGGCAUCACAUGACCGUGCCCAAGAAUUGCGCCGAUCAGGAUUUACGUAUGAAGAUCGCAUGUCGUAUGGACAAGCCACUCAACAUGAAACACUGCGGCUAUCUCUUCGCGAUGGGCAAGUCUGUAUGGAAAAAAUGGAAGAAGCGGUACUUUGUGUUGGUCCAAGUCUCGCAGUACACAUUUGCGAUGUGCUCGUACAAAGAGAAGAAAAGCGAGCCGUCGGAAAUGAUGCAGCUCGAUGGCUAUACAGUGGACUAUACCGAGGUCGUUUCUGCUAAUCUCGUGGUCGGCAUGGAUUUAGAGGGCGGAAGGUAUUUCUUCAACGCCGUGCAUGAGGGCGAUCAUAUAGUGUUCGCCUCGGACGACGAGAACGAGUGUCACUUGUGGGUGAUGGCGAUGUACCGGGCGACCGGUCAGUCGCACAAGCCCACUCCACCGGUCUCGGUGGCCGACAAGAACUCCACCAUCAGCAAGAUCCAGGGCGACGCAGACCGGGCGAAGAAGCACGGCAUGGAGGACUACAUAAGCGCCGAUCCGUGCAAGUUCGACCACGCCGCUCUGUUCAAGUACUUGCAGAACUUGAUCCUGGAUUACAGACUGAACGAUCCCUACUGCUCGCUCGGCUGGUUCUCGCCUGGUCAAGUUUUUGUACUGGACGAGUAUUGCGCCAGAUACGGCGUGCGUGGGUGCUUUCGGCAUCUUUGCUACCUUAACGAUCUAUUGGACAGAAUCGAUCGUGGGAUCAUGAUAGAUUCCACGUUGAUACACUUUAGCUUUGCCUUUUGCGCCACUCAUGUUUACGGUAACACAACCGACGGUGAGGGCUCGAUCACCCACGAGGAGAAAGAUAAAUUUCAGGAGAUCAAGGAACGGCUGAGACUGAUUCUCGAGAAACAAAUCACCAACUUUAGGUACAGUUUUCCAUUCGGGCGGCCUGAAGGCGCGUUGAAAUCAACCUUGUCUCUGUUGGAACGCGUCCUGAUGAAGGACAGCGUGGCGUCGGUGCCACAGGAGGAAGUGAAGGCAUUGAUAAAGAGAUGCCUAGAAACAGCGGCGAUCGUUAAUUACGAGAAAUUAUCCGCCGAGGCAAAACUCGAUGACGAUCUGAGCGGCGAGGUGUGUGUGCCUCCCAGCAAGAAGCUGGAGGAUCUUAUUCACCUCGCCGAGUUGUGCGUCGAUUUGCUGCAGCAAAACGAAGAACAUUAUUCGGAGGUAGCGUUCGCCUGGUUUAGCGAUCUUAUGGUGGAGCACGCUGAGAUCUUCUGGUCGCUCUUUGCCGAAGACAUGGAUAAGAUUCUGGCCGAGCAACCACCCGACACGUGGGACAGUUUUCCGCUGUUCCAGAUUAUGAACGAUUAUCUUAGGACGGACGACAAUUUGAAGAACGGAAGGUUUCAUCAGCAUCUGCGCGACACGUUCGCGCCGUUGGUCGUGCGUUACGUCGAUUUGAUGGAAACGUCGAUCGCUCAGUCGAUUCACAAAGGUUUUGAGAAGGAGCGAUGGGAGAUCAAGGGCAACGGCUGCGCCACUUCGGAAGACCUCUUCUGGAAGUUGGAUGCGUUGCAGUCGUUUAUCGGCGGACUGCACUGGCCCGACCAGGAGUUCCGACAACAUCUCGAACAGAGGCUGAAGUUGAUGGCCUGCGACAUGGUGGAGUCGUGCAUUCAGAGGACCGACGCGGCCUUUCAGCAAUGGCUGAAGAAGGGUGUGACUUUCACCUCCACCGAUUAUAUCAUACCGUCGGAGAUGUGCGCUAUGGUGAAUGUUAUCUUGGAUGCCAAGAACCAGAGUUUUAAACUUUGUACUGUCGAUGGUGUCGAUGUGCAUCAAUAUCAUGCAAAGAUCGACGACAUGAUCGAAAAGACGUCAGCGGGAAUGAAUCAAGGAAUGAUCAACAAGCUUGUAAUGGUACUAGAAACGACACUCUCGAAGUUGUCUCGUUACGACGAAGGUUCCCUCAUCGGUUCCAUUCUCAGCUUUACGAAGGUAUCAGGAAGUGGGAAGGAAAUGGGACAAGCCUACGUAAAUUUCACGAGAAACUGCAUGGAUCAGAUUCGUAGCAAAGUCCUCGACGAAUUGUGGAUCCUGACUUUCUUCGAGCAAUGGUACACGGCGCAGAUACAAAUACUGUGUAAUUGGUUGUCCGAGAGACUCGAUCAUAACCUGCACCUGUAUCAAUGUACCUGCCUAGCUCACAUCGUGAAGAAGAUCUACUCGGACUUCGAGCUCCAGGGCGUAAUGGAGGAGAAACUCAACUCGAAGACAUAUCAGACUAUAUCCAAGAGGAUGCAGACGGAAGAAGCAACUUGUGCCUUAACCAUGAGCGCUCAGAACGAAGAAGGGCUUUCGGAGAAUGGUAAUGACGACGAGGUGGAGAGACCUAAGACAAAAGUGACGAUCGUUGAGACGAUAACAGGAGAGGAGGCAAAUUACGUGGCCAAUCUGAGCAACGUCACCUCGAACGUUGUUGGCAAAGUCGGUAACAUGUUCGGCAAGGGCAUCGGCGGUCUUUCUACAAAAUUCGGCGGAGCCACUAGUUGGUUCUAGUUAUUAUUUCUAGCACUCUGCCAGUAACCUUACAUUCGACUAGUACGUUCCUUCGUCUAAAUAAGGGGAUGCAGACGGGAAGAUUUGUAAAGGUUGUAGCUAAUACCGUAGGCGAUAUGAUGAUUUAGAGUUUUGUCCAUAUGACGAGUGGUAUGUUUAAAACGAUGCAAUCGAUCGGAUCAGUUGCUUUUAUCGUCUAGUGAAUCGUUUCGGUUUUAUCGGUGGAUUCUCGUCGAUAUCUUCCGGGCGCGUGCGCGUGCGCGCGCGCGUACGGGAUUACAAAAUUACUUAUCAAUUAAUCACGAUAAGAUAUCGCAAAAAUAACCCUUGAUAUAUUUCCGUUCACUCAUAGAUACCAUAGUUUUUCGGAUUCAACGUAAUAACGUAUAUUAGACGCGCGUUGUUGGAGAAUGACGCGAAAGAGGGAGCGCGGGCUCGUUGUGGAGUUUUCAUUGAAUCGUUUGCCGUUUAUGUUCGAUCUCAGGUAAUAGCGAACAUAGUUGAAGUAUGAAGCUCGGAAAGGCUGAUUAUGCUGGCACGCACGAUGUAUGCGAGAGUAAAGAAAACGCGUAGACUACUAACGUACACAUAUUACAAACAAAAAGAUAUAUGUAUAUAAACGUACAUAUAUGCAACGUGUAAUUAUUGAGGUAUUCGUACAUUUUGUCGUGCUCUGCACGCCAGAAGCACGUCGUUGAUAUAUUAGCUGAAUUGUCAACAGAAUACGAUUUUUCCUACUUAGUCUGUGUACCGCGAGUUGGUUUUGCGGAUUUAGUUGUUGAAGGAUAAAAGCGAGGACGCAUUUCGCGUAAUAACUCGGAAAAGAUUCUCGGGUAGGUUGCAACGUUACUUGGGUGUAGGGUGGAGGCACGCGACGGGGGCGCGGGAAAUCCCGGAAAAACGGACGAAAGCAAAAGAGGUUGAGGGCUUGAGGUGUGGAAGAACAGAACCGCGACUGUCACCGCUUACCGAGUUAAUUUUGCGACCAACAAGUCAAUGCUUUUUCAGCUGUUAGAUACGAUCGCUGUUAUCUGUUGGACGACCAUUCGUCGAAACUCGAAUCGAACAUCUCUCGUAUCAUCGCAAAAGUUCUUCGCGAAACGUGAAAGGAAACGAGAAAGUCGCGCUUUGUGAUACAAAAUAAAAUAUACAAGGUGGCCGAAAGUGCUCGGCCGGAGUGUUUUAGGGACGGCCCUUUUGACGAAUGUAGAGUCGAUAUUCCCUUGGCGAAAAUUUCGCAUCAUUCCGCUUUUCACCUCCAGUGUUACAUGCCAAUAAGAAGAACUUCUGAUAAAGCCGGUCUGGAACUAAUUUCGAAGCAAAGUUUCUAAAGUUCAACCGGUAAAACGGUCGUCGUCACAGAUUUGGCUGUGGAAAGAAUUAAAGUAAAGAGGGGCUGAUUUUCGGACCGAAACCGACUCGAUACUCGUCGAAGAAUCUGCGCCAAAAAAUACUUUUCGGUGGAUCCGAGACACACGAGACUGUGUGUAGCAUGUCAGAAGAGAAUUGACACAGCUGAUAUUGUUAUAACGCGCCAUAUCUCGCGUAAUAUCUCGCGUAAGCGCCGCUUGUGUAUUUCAUGUCGGAGUGACGAAUGUCUCGGCUAAAAUAUGCAAUUAGCAUAAACGACUCGAUCGAUGAUAGCUUUCAGAACGGCAAUAAGUAUAUAGGCAUCAGCGUAGCGCUUAAACAUUUAAAAUCGGAUCGUAGAGUACGCGCGAUAUAAGUUGCUGGCGAUAUAAUCUUUCGUAGUGUUUCUUCCGAUGGUACUAUUUACUAAACACACACACAGAGAGGUUUCAGCACGUUAAUUAGCCGCGAUUGAAUGGUCGCCGACAGCCAUCAGAAGCAGUGAGCGUAGUAGCAUGUUGUUUAUUAUCUGGGUUAUAUAUCAUGUGCUCGUUAUUACACAUAUCUGUGCUCGUUAUCGAUAUGUAAUAUGAUAUCGAUAUGCUUCGGAAUCAUUUGCAAAGAAGGGGAGGGAAAAAAAAACGCGAACGAGUGUGCACGGUCGGGAACUUUACUGAUGAGAGUCGCUCUCGGAGAUUGGUCAAAGGAUGCUUCGUUUACUAACGUUUAAUAACGUUCAAAUGGUUUCUCCGGCGUUAUUCGCUAAUGAAGGAAGAUUUCUGUAACUGUAAAAACGGUCACGGGACAUUCGCGCUUCGAGGUCGACCGAUAUCGCGAGACAUCGGCGAGUAAUCAAAGAACUCUUUGUUUAUUAACGAAUAGAAUUGACAUUUUCACUCUGACAUUUCCCGUCAAUAAGGAAAGACCGCUUUGAUUAAGGAUUUCGAUGAGAGUUGCUGAUAAUUGUCGUGUUCAACUGUCUCCUCAGAGAGUAAAGUUUUUCAGUGUACAUCUCGAGUUAUGUGUCCACUUGAGAAUCUCUCGUCUUCAGAGUGACACUCAGAGUGAUAUGAAAUAUCCCGAUGGUCCUCAAAAUUGAGAAAAUUAUUCUCGAAACGUGGCCAUCGUAAAUUCUUACUGUCGAGGGUAAUUCUGGAGAGAGCGAGUCUCCAGCGGGGACUAUAUGAGAAUGAUACAUCCGGUAUUGGAACGCUUUCGAUUUUGCUUUAGUCGCAAUCGAAGAUAUGACGUUUUCGUUAGCUGUUUUACUUUUUGUCGUCGUCGUCGUCGUCGAUACUAUAACGUCCUAUAAAAGACAAGUGUUAUGUAGGUUUACAUUGCAAGAGAGCCUUGUCACUGGAUCACACGAGGCGCAUGUAUAUUUUCAAAACUUCAUGAUAUAACGUUCGUAUAUUAAUGGAUAUUUAUUUAGCUUGAUAAACUCUUGAAAGUGCAUCUAAUGCGAAAGUAUCACAAUGAAGUGGGAUGAAAAAUGCGCGUCUCUAGAGAAUCCUGGCUGUUUCAAUAUCUUGCUCGCCUUAUACGCCAUCUUCUCUGUGAAUUUAUUUAUACGCAUCGUCUUUUCGGGAGAUGCGCGGGAUGAAUUCUAAACGUUUUUGCAACUCUCGAG